GAAGGCAGUACCGAGCUGCGUGUAGAAGGUCAACAUCGAAUGGACAGUGUCAUGUUGAUGGCGCUACUCUUUCUCCUGUUAAUUACCGUUUUAACCAUUUGGAGAUUUAAAGUCAAACGAAUUCGAUUUAUCCAUGAAACAGGAUUAGCCAUGAUUUACGGUAAGCCUUUUUCCAUGCACUGUCUUUAUGGUGGAUGGCGUCGACAUAGUCUUGAUUGUGCACGACGGUAUGCAAGCUACAAUGCAUUGGAGGAUGAUCCAAUUGGCGUGUUUGUUUCUUCAAAACAUUCUCGGCUACGGCUGGAUUCAUCUCUUGCACAGCCAUCCCUUUUGGAUAUCCAUUUUCAGUCUUCAUCUUCAAUCAGAUGUUCGAAAUUUGUGGUAUUUGAUCCUGAAGUAUUUUUUUAUGUCUUACUCCCUCCAAUUAUAUUCUAUGCCGGCUAUGAUUUGAGACGUAGGCAUUUCUUUCGCAACUUUGGAUCAAUUCUCUUAUUUGCUAUGAUUGGUACAACCAUCUCGUGCUUUGUCAUUGGUGGUAUUAUGUAUGCAUUUGUGUCAAGAAUUCGAAGUGUAAAUGGCUUCAACUUUGUCGAUUGUCUACUCUUUGGAGCGAUGAUUUCCGCUACUGAUCCCGUCACUGUCUUGGCCAUCUUUCACGAUCUACACGUCGAUUCCAAACUGUAUGCUCUCGUUUUUGGUGAAAGUGUCUUAAAUGAUGCUGUAGCCAUUGUUCUGUAUAGCUCCAUCUUAACUUAUUCGCCGUACUCUGCCGAGGGCGAAGGUGUCUUUGAUGCUGGAGCAUUGUUUCGAUCGAUUGGCAUCUUUAUUGGCAUAUUUGUUGGCUCUUUCGGUAUUGGUUUUGUCAUCUGUAUUCAUGUUUUAUUGUUGACCUUAAUAAAUGUGCACAUUACCAAACUAACAAGUAUUAAGGAAUAUCCAUUACUGGAAACUGCCAUUUUUGCCAUUAUGUCAUACUCCACUUUCCUUGUUGCUGAAGCAUUAGGGUUGACUGGUAUUGUCGCGAUUUUGUUUUGUGGAAUUACUCAAUCACAUUACACUUAUAAAAACUUAUCGGAUGAAUCCAAGAAAAGAACCAAACAGUUAUUUGAAGUCUUCAACUUUUUAGCCGAAAACUUCAUAUUUUCCUACAUGGGACUUUCGUUUUUCGUCUUUCCUUAUCAUCGUUGGUACAUGGGUUUUAUCGCCUUUGCAUUUCUGGCAAUGUUUGUCGGUCGUCUAUGUAAUGUUUAUCCGCUUAGUUUUAUCCUGAAUAGAGCCCGCCGAAGUAAGAUUGGCUACAAUCUACAGCAUAUGAUGUUCUUUGCAGGGUUGCGUGGUGCGAUUGCAUUUGCUUUGGCUAUUCGUAAUACAUCCAGUGAAAGCCGUCAACUAAUGUUUACUACAACAUUAAUGAUUGUAUUCAUAACUGUCUUAAUCAAUGGUGGCGCAACUACGCAAAUGUUGCUAUUACUUAAAAUC